GGCGCCGCGCGGCCGGAAGAGCCAUAGGGAGAGGUGUGUUGGAGCGCGCAUGCGCGGAGCGGCACUCGUCGCGCGGUGCAUGCCGGCCGCCCCUUCCCGCCGUGACGCUGCAGAUAGAGGCGCCUUCUGCCUCCCCCCGUCCGGCCAGGAUGGUGGGCGUGAAGCUGAUCGCCAACGACACCGAGUUCCAGCCCGAGCUGAGCGCGGCCGGCUCACGCUUGGCUGUGGUGAAAUUCACCAUGCGGGGAUGUGGCCCUUGUUUACGGAUAGCUCCAGCUUUCAAUGCGCUGAGUAACAAGUACCCUCAGGCAACGUUUUUGGAAGUGGAUGUGCAUCAGUGCCAGGGAACAGCUGCUACCAACAAUAUAUCAGCAACGCCGACAUUUCUGUUCUUUCGGAACAAAGUGCGGAUUGACCAAUAUCAAGGAGCAGAUGCUGUAGGACUAGAAGAAAAAAUCAAGCAGCACCUGGAGAAUGAUCCUGGAAAUAAUGAAGAUACAGAUAUUCCCAAAGGAUAUAUGGACUUGAUGCCAUUUAUCAACAAAGCUGGCUGUGAAUGUCUUAAUGAAAGUGAUGAGCAUGGAUUUGAUAAUUGUUUACGCAAAGAUUCUACAUACUUGGAAUCAGAUUGUGAUGAGCAGCUGCUUAUUACUGUUGCUUUUAGUCAACCAGUCAAGCUUUACUCUAUGAAACUUCAGGGGCCAGAUAAUGGACAAGGUCCAAAGUACAUAAAAAUCUUUAUCAACCUUCCUCGAUCUAUGGAUUUUGAAGAAGCAGAAAGAAGUGAACCAACUCAAGCCCUGGAACUUACACCAGAUGACAUUAAAGAAGAUGGCAUUAUCCAGCUUCGCUAUGUUAAAUUUCAGAAUGUUAACAGUGUAACUUUGUUUGUCCAGUCUAAUCAUGGGGAUGAAGAAACAACAAGAAUCACUUACUUCACAUUUAUUGGAACUCCGGUCCAAGCAACAAAUAUGAAUGACUUCAAGCGAGUGAGUCUUUGUUUCUUAAAAGCACUUAGGAAUGUUUUAAAUCUACCCAAAAAUGAGUUCACUAAAAUACACUCAACAGUUGUUGUAAUUUCACAAGUUAAGGUAGAUCUGUCAUCCAGAACAGAACAUGCAGCUUUAUCUUAACAGCUCUUUGGUCUUGCCUUUGUUUUUGUUUAUCAACUGCUUCUUUGUCUUUUUCAAAAGGUAAGAAUGUGUAUAUCAACUACUGAAAACAUGAGUGACUGUUAUGUGUACUAUAGACAGUGUUGUUUCUUAACAGCUGUGAGAUCUGUACCUUGGUUUCAAAACGUGUAUGCUGCUGGUGCUCAGGAAGCAGGGAAGCAAGUCCCUGUAUUAAAUAGACAAGCUCCUUGUGACUGGCUUUGUAGCUGUUUCAGUGAAGGAUUUUAUGGAUUUUACUCAAUAGGCAACACUCUGUAAACUUGAGAUCCAAAAAAUUAUUGAUCACAAGGUAAAUAUUACAUUAAACAUACUUUUUAACACUAAACAGUGAAUCAGACAAUUUGCUGCAGUUUGACUUUAGGCUAAUAAAUGCUGAAGAAUAAAGCAUUCUCAUUUCCUUUUUGAUUUUUUUAAUUAUUUUUUUUUUUUUUUGAGAAUGUGAAACGGGUUUGAAAGUAUUGAAACCGAAAGCUACUUACAGCUCUCCCUUAUAAUGUAUUGUCUGUUAAAAAUAAACUGCUUUAAAACUUACCCUUUUUACAAAGACAAACAGAGCUGUAACACCACUGCUUCCAAGCUGGGCAGCCCGUGCAAUGAUUGACAUUGAAAGACCACAGAAUUUAUUACACAAACGACUUACAACUUCAGAAAGCUAAAAAUGCUAACAGUUGCCACAUUACAUACUUGGAACUUUUUAUGUUAAAACUUAAUCUAACAUCUACUUCUAAAAUUUAAUAAAAUGAAUAAUGAUGUUAAUGAAUAGAAGUUUGACAAGGUUUUGCUGAUUUACCGAAACUUGAAGCCAAAAAAGAUGUUCUAAUAUGCUGAAUUUAAUGGAUACCAAUUUUAGAAGUUUCUAAUGGAGCACAUCUGUUUGACUCAAAACUAGAAAUAGUUUAAUGUGUUUUGAAUCCACUUACAUGUUGGUUUUUUUUUUUGUUGUUGUUGUGUACAGCUUUAUCUUGUAAGUACUUGGAAUAGUAGGACAGUGCCCUGCAGUGAGUUCUGCCAUUACUGUUUAGCAUCACAUGAUUUAUCUGCAGUACUUCUGUUAUUUUGAGGAAGAAAAGAAAGGUGGCACUCAUGCUGAUAGUUUCAGUAUUUGAUCUCAGUUCCAUUUUUCUGUACACUCUGUAAAUUUUCUUCUUUCUGAAAGUUUAUUUUCUAACAGGGACACUCUUAAAUCCGGUAUUCUUUUUCCUUUGAUAAUUUUUGGCUAAGCAAUAUAUAGUUGUGGGUUAUCAUGAGUGUUUGUGACUAGUGGUGAGCCACAUGACGUUUCCUACAGUGUUUUAAAUUGUGAGAACAAAGCAGUAGAAUGGAUGCAGUCCUCAUGUGCUACCUUAGUCUGAAGCUGUAACAACCUUACUCCUGUCAGUGCUGGGUGUAAGGUAAACUUUUAAAAAAAUCCUGUGUAUAGUUCAGGUUUAAGUACUUAAGGGUAGUCAUUAAACAAAGAGACCAUUCUGUGCUAGGAGCCACGUGGAAAAGACAAGCAGGAACAGAUGCAGCUCCGUUCAGAGAGUGUACAGCUCAAGAUGGGAUAAAUGGUUUGACAGGGAGAACAAUUAUCACUGGAGCAGGCUCUGCAGGGGCAUGGUGGAAUCCAUGGGACAAGGCAUCUCGCAUGGUCUCAUUCUGGCACACUUUUUCCACAAAGGGCUGGAACUGGUGAUCUCUCAAGGCCCCUUCCAGCCUGGGCUAUCGUUCUGUCCACAUAAAUCCCAUAGAGGUAUUAAAAAACAGAAAAUUAUUUUAAAAACAUCUGUUUGCUGUAAAUAAGGGGAUUUUUAAGCCUCUGAUUUUAGAUGCAGUGCAGUUGCCUGAAAGCUGUUAUACACCUUGUUAAAUACCACACUAUUUACUAUUUUGGUUUCACUAAAGUUCACAUGUGAAUGUCUUUGCACUGUUGAGGAAUGUGAUUUGUGACAUCCAUUGGAAUGGAAAGGGAGCACCAGCCUUCAGAACUGCACUAAUAGCAUCAAUGUCAAGAACUGCCCAGAGCUACCUCACAGAAGAGAAUACACUGCUAGCUUUUGAAGCUGCUAAUCCUGUCUUGUUUGAAGUACUCCAGCUCUGUACAAAGAAGGAGUAUUAGCUUCUGGAAUGUGUCUGAACUUCUGUUUUCUCACUUCCAGUGGUCCGUCAGCUGUGGAAUCUUAAUAUAGUGUUGGGCAUUAAUUAGGAUUGUAGAUCAACAGGGAAACCUCUUAUUUCUUUUUAUCCUUUUUAGUAGAUGAAAAGACCAACCCCACUCCAUACUGCUUUCAGGAGUGUCACUGCCUUAGCUCAGUCCAUUUAUGCAGUGCAUUUUUCUCUUGUAGUUAUGGUAGAAAUAGUACUGAAACAUAAUUAACAAGAGUGGGGAGUACUUUUUCCCAUGAUUUUUUUUUUAAGUGUUUAGAAGUAAAAUCAAUUAUUUCUAAAUGGAAGCAUUAGAAUGUAAAAGUAGACAUGAGCAUGAAUCCAGCCAUGCUUUUAUUGUUUGACUCAUUGCUGCUCAGUUGAUUCUAUGUAUGUUCUUUUUCAGCUUAAAAAAAAAAAAAAGAAACCCACCACUGAGCAAAAAAUUGAUUUCAGUGACUUCUGCUGAGGAUCAGGCCAACGUGUUUUGAUACUUGGGGUGUGAAUGCAAGGCUGGUUGUAGCAGCUCACUGUUCAGCAAUUCAUUAUUAACGUGUGACAGCAACCACCGUGUCCUUGAGUCUAGGAAAACUUGAAUUUGCUCAUGUUGCUCUGGAACUCCAGCAGGGCUGUAAGCAUGACCUCUUCCUGAUCAGUAGGACUGCUGAAUAUAAAUGAGGCAUAGUUUACAGGACUUACACUAGCUACCCCAUGCAAACCUGAAACUCAUCUACUCUGGAAAGUAGUCCUAAGUACUAAAAGAGAUGUAAUUAAGGAGAUCCUUCGUUGGGGAUCUUGGUGUUAGUUUUUACACACAUGUAGUUGGUAUUGGUGUGGACAGGAAAGUUGCAUUCAAACUUGUUAUAGUACACUGUGUCCAUCCCGUUCCGUGCACAAUUUGAUUUUUAUCCUCUGGGGAGGAAGGAAGUCUUUGGAGUUGCAGGAAAGGGGGGGGUCACAAGGGACAGAAGUUGUAUAAACCGACUGCAGAGCUCUUAGGUAAGAGCUGGAAGCGAUGGGGAGACAGCUGAGGCUCUCUGCCCUACGUCAACAAAGGGCCCCUAGAAGCA